UCCGCUUUCCACAACUCCUUCAACCACCUCUACUUUUCAAUCCAACGAUAAUGUAGGGGAGAGUAAUCAUAACCGCAACGAACAAUUCUCGUCGAUGUUCUCCGUUAUCAGAGCAAAAACCAGGAUACGUCGCGAUUCAAGAGUUCGAAUCGGAUUAACAUUUCUAUUACUGUCAUUUACUAUUUAUUUAUUGCAUUUACUUUCCCCCGGUGAAUAUCUUAAGGUGGAAGAGAGCAGAGGUAAAAGUAACGUCACGGUUGAAGAGGUGGAAUCUUUACCGACACGACCUUAUGAAGGAUAUGUUUUGGAUAUAAAUCGUGUAAACAAGCAUUGCGAACCGAUAGAUCAAGGUAAAUCUUCGCUGAAACAUUUCAAGGUGCAGGAUUGCCUGGAUUAUUUGGACACCCAGCAACAUGAUUACAUGGUAAAACCUGCAAUAACACCGAACGCCGCCAACACAUCUAUUUCAGCACUAAAUUUGCAGUGCGCACCGGGAAGAGAAACAAUGUUAUUUCACGUUUAUUGGCGAGGGCGUAUCAUCGACAAGCUAGCAAUAAACAUCAAAUCAUUCCUCUAUACACAACCACUCAAGUGUUCCAAGAUGAUCGUUUGGCUUGACGAAAAUAAUGAAGACUUGGAAAAUAAUAAAUACGUCAAAUCUGUGCUUCAGUUUUCUCCUGAAAAUCUCGAAUUCCGGAAGUGGAAUAUCACCGAACAAUUGAAUUAUGACACCAUUUACUCUGGUUGGGAAAGGAAGUUUAAAUCGAAGAUUAGGGUUGUUGGCUACAGCGAUAUGGUUCGCUUUGUUCUACUGCACAGAUACGGUGGAAUGUAUGUGGACGCUGACACAUUAUUUUUAAGGGACUUGAGCCCACUUUAUUACUUGGAUUAUGAUUUCUCUUAUCGUUGGAGUUUCUGGCUCAAUUACAAUACGGCCAUCCUGAGAUUACGAAAAAACAGCACACUAACAAGAAAGAUUAUUAAGGGAGCGAUGAAACAUUCAAUGAAAUUUCAUCCAUAUAGUAUAAAAAAAUAUUUGAUUUCUAAUAAAAAAGGUUGGAACAAGGCAAAUCUAGACGAACAACUUUACAUGAUGCCAGUUGUUCUGUUUGAUCCUUUGUGGUUGAAGUCUGAUUUACACGACAAAUCACAAAUAUUAAGGCCAAACUUGGGUCGUUGGAAGGAUGUAUUUUUGGGAAAAUUGGUAGACAAUGAAUUCCCAGGGGUGGAUGAGCAGUUAUUGGCUGAAGCAGGGAAUAACACAAAAUUGCUGAGAAAGAAAGAAGAAUUCUUUAGGGGUGCAUUCACCUAUCAUUGGCACAAUCGUUGGAAACAAAAUGUUGCCAAAGGUUCUUGGUUUGACAUAUUACAAAAGGCUUAUGACGAUUUUAUACAAGGGAAGAUCAGCAAUCUCUAUAAUGAAUGGAAUCCUAAUCUUGCAUAA